AUGUCUGUUGUAACCGAUCCAACCAGCGCUUCGACUAGCGCUGAGGCAAGCACGGGCCCCGCGGCAAACACGAGGCAACAGACGGCUGCGAGAAAAGAGAAGAUCGCGCUUCUUCGGGCGCAGCUCGCUGCUUUGGAGCUCGAGAACUCUGAGCUGGAAGGAGACUCCAAGAACGAUGAGGAGACACCUCAACAGGAUGAAGAUCUGAAGGAUCUGACGAAAGCGCACCAGGGUCAAGGCGGCGUGAUCAAAACUGAAACGGACGUCGAGCCGCAAAAGCUGGCUUCGUCAUCGUCAGUCCCACCGCCAGCGGUCUCAACCCCGGCGGUCCACCAGCCCGCACCCCGUCCGCAGGCAGUCGACUGGCAGCCCGCCAAGGCGCCCAAGCUGCUAGCCCCCUCGUUCGACGGCACGGCGGCAAAGCUGACCCAAUACGAGAAGGACUUGAAGCGUUACCGAUCGUACUUUCCAGAGGAGAGAUGGAACGAGAUCCUGUCUCUCACCUUGGUCGGGUCGGCCGCCGAUUGGUUCGCCUCUGGCAGCGACAAGGCGAUUGUCAACAUGAGCAAGCUGUCGGUGUUGGAGAUCCAGACGGUCCUCGACAAGUAUGCGGAGGUGUCGGGUCUGUCAGAAAGCGAGAUCGCGAAGGCUAUCUGGGCCGCCAUGUCUUCCGAAGUCUACCAGUUCGCGCGGAUGGAAAAUAUAUCCAAGGAUCUCCCGCCGUCUGAGCUCAUGGCGAGCCUAUGGGCGGUGCAGGAGUGGGAGAGCCGAAAGGUCACAGCGGCGCCGCCUCAACCGCAGCCGCAGCCGAGCUACAAGGCGCCGUUCUAUGGUCAGCGUGCGGCUCAACCGAAGCAGCAGCCUUCCCAGCCGCAGAAGCAGCAGACCAGCGUGGUGGCGGCGGUGGCGUUCGCGGAGGCUAUGGCGGCCAAGUACAACUUGUCGGCGGAGGAGCUCGAGAGACGUCGUCGUGAGCACCUUUGUUUCCGCUGUGGCUCUGGAACCCAUCUCAGGAAGACAUGCGGUCAGGCCCCGGCGGUGGCGGCAGUUCAAGUUCCAAUGAUCAAGUUGAGGACAGUGACGAAAGAGGAGAUGAAGGUGCGCGAGGGCGUGGCGCUGCGAGUUACUUUGGCGGGCCGGCAGUUGUGGGUCCAAGCGAUGAUCCUGGAUGGGCCGGUGGUGCCGCUCCUGUUGGGCAUGGAUGUGCUGGCGGCGGCAAAUCCUGUCAUCGAUCUGGCGACUCGGACGGUGCGGUUCGAGAGCAUGAAGCCGGUGGUUCUGCCCGAGGCGUACGCAGAGUUCGCUGAUCGUUUUGAGCCGAGCGGACCCAAGAAGUUGCCCGUGAGCCGACCUGGUUUUGAUGCGGUGAUCCGUAUUGACCCGUCCAAGCAGCUCAGGUGCGACCCGAACCGCAAGUUUGGCCGUAGCAAGGAGGAAGCUCUGAGGAAGUACGUGGAGGACGGCCUGAAGACUGGCAUGAUUGUGGAGUCCGAGUCCGCGUUCUGCUCCCAGCCCAUGUUCGUCAAGAAGGGUGAUGGCUGGCGCGUCUGUAUGGACUCCCGGCGUCUGAAUGAGGCGACGAUCAGGGAUCGGUACCCGUCGCCUGAUGCCUUGGCGCUGAUUGACAAGCUGAAGGGCGCGAAAAUUUUCAGCAAGUUUGAUCUCACGAGCGCGUUCUGGCAAGUGAGAUUGAGCGCCGACAGGUACUUUGACGACAUUAUUGUGUUCUCCAAGACGCCGGAGGAGCACGAGCUCCACGUGAAGCAGAUGCUGGCUCGGCUGAGGGAGUUUGACCUGUACGUCUCCUUGAAGAAGUGCGUGUUUGGCACGUCGAGUGUCGACUUCUUGGGGCGGCGGGUCAGCGAAGCCGGAGUGGCGGUGGAUCCUCGCAAGGUGCAGGCGGUCCUCAACUGGAAGCCGCCGACGGACGCGACUGGUGUGCGUGAGGUCAACGGCCUCGCGUCCUUCAUGAGGCGUCAUGUGCCGAACUAUGCCGAGCUGGCGCGCCCGAUGACGAUGCUGACGCGGAAGAAUGUCCCAUUCGUCUGGUCGGCAGAGUGCGAGAAGUCGUUCCGCGCGAUCCAGCAGGCGCUCGUCCAGGCGCCGGUGCUGGCGUACCCCGACACGUCGCGGCCGUUUGAGAUUUUCUCGGAUGCGUCAGAUCUCGCGUUGGGUGGUGUGCUGAUGCAGAGGUCGGAGUCCGGCGACGGUCUGCACCCGGUCGCCUACUACUCGCGCGUGUUCACGAAGCCAGAGAUCAACUACUCGGUCUACGACAAGGAGCUGCUGGCUAUCCUGGAGUGUCUCCGCGAGUGGCGACAUUACGUUUGCGGUUCUGGCAAGAUCACCGUUUGGUCGGACCACAGGAAUUUGCAGUGGUUUACGGAGACGCGGGAGCUGACGGCGCGCGAGGCUCGGUGGUGCGAGAUGCUGGGCGAGUUCGAUCUGGUCAUCAAGCAUCUGGAGGGCUCCAAGAACGGUGCGGCGGAUGCGAUGUCCCGUUCGGCGUCGGGAGCUGGGCCGAAGGAGAAGCUUAAGGGCCGGGUGUUGGACCCCGAGUUGUUGGUGGCUCCAGUCGCUGGCGAGGCCGAUGACGAGCAGAGCGAAGAUUUCGUUUUCUCGCCCGGGGCGACUCUGCCGAGCGCGCCUACGGUCAUGACGCCUACUGCCAUUCGCGAGGCUUUGCAGAAGGCGGUGGCCGAGGGGGAAGAAGAAGGAGUAGAGCUUCUAUCCUCCAAACGAUACCAACUUCACGACGGUCUCAUCAAGCGCGAGGACCGAGUGUUCGUCCCAGAACAUUUACGUCCACAGAUCCUGCGAUACCGCCAUGACGCAGCGACAGCACGUCACUGCGGGAACCGAAAGACACUUGAGGACUAUUCUCAAGGGUUUAACGCAGUCAUGGUCUGCAUCGAUCGACUGACUCGAGUUGCACAUUUCAUUCCGACGACAAAGUCUGUCACGGCGGAGGAAUCGGCUCAGUUGUUCCUGGAGAAUGUCGUGAAGCUGCACGGCGUUCCGGUUCGUGUCUUGUCUGAUCACGGACCUCAGUUCAUUGCAAAGUUCUGGAAGAAGCUAUGGAAGGCGAUGGACAUCGACCUCUCCUACUCUAGCGCGUAUCAUCCACAAGGAAACGGUCUUGUGGAACGGGUGAAUCAAGCGCUGGAGUCAUACCUGCGAGCGUACGUCGGUGAAGCCGAGGAUUGGUCAAGACUCCUCUGGUUGUGCGAGUUCACGUACAACAACACGGUGCACGCGGCGAUCCAGUGCAGUCCGUUCAUGGCCAUGUACGGGUUUCAGCCGGAAAUGGAUGAGAUUAACUUCAAGUCGCCGAAGGCACCUCAAACGGCAGCUGAUCGCGUGGAGGAACUCAAGGCACUGCGUUUCUCGUUGAGAGCGAAUAUUCACCGAGCAAACAUGUCCGCAGCCAAGUUCUAUGAUCGACACCACAAGGCAGCACCUCCGAUCACGGUGGGCAGCCUAGUCACAGUUCUGCGUCGCAGUCAGACGGCCGAACAACCGUAUGCCAAGUUGGCGUACGUACGCGAUGGUCCCUUCAAGGUCGUGAAGCAGAUCAAUGAGCGUGCCUUUGAGCUGGAUCUAGGUGAAGCAUCCAGCAAGUCCCGCACCUUCCAUGUAUCUGUCUUGGAAUUGUUUGUCGCUGAUGACGUUGAAGGUCGGAUUCGGCGGGUCCUGCCUCCUGUCAAGGACUGGGACGGAACAGUUCGACAUCGAGUCGAGGCGGUGAUUGAUUCGACUCGUCACAGCGAGAUUAUGUACUAUCGCAUCCGAGGGUAG